AUGAAGGGAGUACCUAGUAGAAGGGAUCGGCAAAAGUAUUGCAAGUUCCACAAAGAUAUUGGGCAUAACAACAACAAUUGCAGAGCUCUAAAAGAUGCAAUUGAGAACCUGAUAAAGAAGGGUCAUUUGAAAGAGUUUGUCAAGGGAAACCAAGCUCCCAACAAGCAAAAUGGCCAGAGUGGACAACCUCAACCACCCCUACUGGUCAACGAUGUCAUGGUAAGAAUGAUCUACGGGGGAGCUGAAGUUGUAGGCAACUUUAGGCAUGCUCGUGGACAAUAUGCACAAGAUGCUAAGACAGACUCAGUUCCCAAAGUAUUGAGUAGCGAAACAAGGCCACCAAAGCAAUCUAAGACAGAAAGUGAAGUAAUAGGCUUCAUAAUAGAAGAAAGCGACCUGGUACCUUGCCAUAACCAUGAUAUGAUCAUAAUCGUGACGAGAGUUGAUAACGGUAGGGUUUAUAGGAUAAUGGUUGACAACAAAUUGUGGUCAACGUCAUCUUCUUAUGAGCUUUCCGAGAAAUGA